AUGGUUGCGCGGACGAGGGUUCCAGGACGACGCCGCAAAAUUCGUCGCAAUUCGUCCAAGUCUCGCGAAUCUGUGCCCAGCGAUAGUCAGGCGGCGAAGGGCGAGCAGAUUGCCUCCUCAGGGCCCGUGGGACGCUCCGAGCGGGGUCCUCCGGUAGCCACGAAGUCCGGUUGGCUCAGCUGCAGGGUGGCGAACGACGAGUGGCAGACCACUCUGGACAGUUGGAGAUGCGUCGCACAGUACUUCCAUGCGUACCGCAGGAAGACGGUCUGGAUGCCAUUCUACUACGAUGGCGCUUGCGCGGAGCAUCUACGGUCCCUGGGCUUUCAGAAAGUCAUCCACAAGCAGGAGGACUUCUUCGAGCGCGUGAAGGACAAGAACUUCAUGAAUCGAGUGGACCUGAUCUGGGAUAACCCGCCGUACACCGCGCCGGAGAUGAAGGAGCGCGUUCUGCGGGCUCUGGCCGACUGCGGGAAGCCCUUCGCGAUGUUGUUACCCAUUUCGAUUCUUCACGUAGGCUUCGUGCGUGAGAUCGUCGACAUGACGCGUGUGCAGGCGAUCAUUCCACGCCGUGUCCACGUGCGAAAGACGGACCAGGAGGUGCUUCCAUUCAAGUACCUUUGCUGGUUCUGUGUGGGGACAAAGCUGCCCCGAGAUUUGAUUUUUGUCGACGACGUAGCAGCACCGGCGGCUGCUGCCCCGCCGGCUGCCGAAGCGCCCAAAGCUGCGCGGGACCGGCGCUGCCGCAGAUCCCGUCCGAAAAUCACAGAUUGUGACUUGGGGAGUCAAGGGGACCCUCUUGGUUUCUAA